AUGACCGUCAUCCGCAACAGAACCGCCGCAAGCGGUGGUGAGGGCGGCGUUAAAUACGUUUGUGAGAUCUGCUCUAACGAUAUUACCUCGACUGUCCGGAUCCGGUGCGCACACAGCACCUGUAAAGAGUACGAUCUCUGCGUGCCCUGCUUUGCCAAGGGGUCGUCGAGCGGUGCGCAUGACCCUGCCACCCACUGCUUUUGUGUCGUAGAGCAGAACUCGUUUCCAAUCUUCGACCCAGAGUGGAGCGCCGACGAAGAGCUCUUGCUCCUAGAGGGCGCCGAGAUUUACGGCCUAGGCUCGUGGGCGGACAUCGCAGCUCAUAUCGGAGGCUACCGGUACAAGGAUGAAGUCCGCGACCACUACAUCAAAGUCUUUAUCGCCUCGCCAAAGUUCCCGCUGCCAAAACCAUACAGCCCUCACGAUAUGGAACUAGCCAACGAGAUUUCGAAAGAGGAGUUCCAGUCUCGCAGAGCACGACGCAUUGAGGAGCGCAGAGAGGCAGCAAAGAAUGCGCCGGCCCAGCCCAAGACAAACCCGACAGAGAGUCUGCCGGCGUGCCACGAGAUCGAGGGAUUCAUGCCCGGCCGCUUGGAAUUCGAGACGGAAUACGCGAACGAGGCCGAGGAAGCGGUACAGGUUUUGGAGUUUGACCCUAGCGAUGGCAUCAAUCCUCGUACGGGCAAGCCGCACCCCGAGACGGAGCUCAAGCUCGCGGUCAUGGACAUAUACAACUCCAGGCUGACGCAGCGCGCCGAGAGGAACAAGGUCAUCUUCCGACACAACUUGCUCGACUAUAGCGAGAAUAUCAAGCGUGACGAGAAGCGCCCCAAGGAGGAACGGGAUCUCUUGAACAAGGCGAAGCCUUUUGCGCAGAUCCUGAACCGGAACGACUAUAAGCAGUUCUGCCAAGGCUUGGUCGACGAACUCGAGUUGCGAGAAGCAAUCUCGCACCUCCAAGAGUGGCGCACCAACGGUAUCACCGACCUAGAAAGCGGCGUCAAGUACGAACGAGAGAAGGCCUUGCGCAACAAACGCAAGUACGAACAGGAGAAGGCCUUGCACAACAAACAGAACCACACCAACGGUAUCAGCGACAUAGGAAGCGGCGUCAAGUACGAACGAGAGAAGGCUUUGCGCAACAAACGGAAGUACAUACUGGAGAAGGCCUUGCACGACAAACAGGACCAUACUCCCAGCGAUUAGUUGAGUUUGGGAUCAGCAUUAGAAACCGGUUUGGACCACACUCUCAGCGAUUAGUUGGGUUUGGGAUCAACAUUAGAAACCGGUUGAGGAGUUCAGCGGUUAGCAUUGGGUUUGGGAUCAGAUUAGAAAUACUCCCAGCUAUAGGAUCAGAUUAUAGACACUCUCAGCUAGAUCAGCAUUAGAAACCGG